AAAAACAAACUACUUUCACUUCAUAGUUGUUGCGCAGCUUCUUUUCUCCGUGUAAACGUAAUGUAACCGACGUGUUUAACUAUUUUAAUCUGUAAUGACUCUUUGCUCGUUUUGUUUUUAACUGCUGUUAACUUGUUGCAGUAAAACAGGUUGUUAAAGUAACUCUUAACUUUUAUUAACAAACUAAUGUAACGGGACGAACUUAUUCUGCCAUGUUGUGAAUAUGUGGGAUGUAACCUGAGGGAAACGAGCAGAAAAGAGUCAGUUCAGUUUAUCCUCAGGAGUUGUUAUUUACUGCGAAGCUCCACUUACUGAUGUAUGAAGGCAGCUUUUCCUGCCUGAACCAACCUGUGCAGGAGGCGCAGACGAGCACGCUGUCUGAGACACUAAAUGCGGCAGGUGUUGGAGCCCUACUGCUUUUCAAACCAGCUGGUUUCCAUAGUCUACACUUGCGGUUGUUGUGUGCAGCUGCUGCGGACUGACUCCAUCCCCAGAUUAGUUAGAGUAGCCCAUGUGACGUGUAAUUAGAAAGGUGAUUUUAACAUUUGUAAGGCCUUUGGUGACCUGUAACUUCAGAUUAAGACAAGUGAACUAAUGUUAUAUGUAGCUUUAGGACAGCAGUUAGCCUAUUUAUUUAAGUUUAUAUUAUUUAAUUCAUGUUUUAGUUUCCUUACAUAUUUACAGGCCUUCUUGCUGUGUGGGAGCUCAACCAGCAGAGGUCACUCUGCCCCCUUCUGUGGCGCCAACAGGCAACAAGGUUUUGACCUUUUGACUUGUGUUUCUAUCAAAGAGAAGGCUGCACUGCGACCAGAGGAAGCUGAUCACUGAGUCUGAAGGGUGCAGAACUUCACCUGCCUUCCAGCUUCUCUUUCUGUGCUGCUAUAGCUGCUAAAAACUCUCAUCUACUGUUAUGUGUCAAAACAAAACUCUUCCAAAACAAAUCUGUGGAGGUAUAAACUUUUUAUUUUUCUUAGCAUUUUUCUCCAGUGUAAAAUACUUAUGUUAGUUAAAUAUUUUUAAUGCAGCCUGUAGUUCUCAUCAGUUAUGUAGGCAUACUUAUGUGUGAAACCUGGUGGGCAUUAAAGGAAAAACUUGAGUAUUGGGGGGGAAAUCUGCUGUUUACUUGGUCAUCCUAUCUGUUUCCUUGAGGCUGAGUGUAAUAUGUGAUGGUAACUGGAUCGAGUUAAUGUUCCUGAUCAUUUGGUGGGUUAUGUGUUUGUUGCAUUUUGUUUUCAAAAGUAUGUACAGCACUGUCAGUGUGGUUCUGGUUAUCUUUGCAGACAUGCUGCAGCAUUAAGACAGUGUGGGGGACGUGUGUGGACAGCUUGAUUCAAUGCUGCGUGUUGCUUGUUUUGUGGGACAUUUGAUAUGUUAAGAGGAAGAGAAGUCAGUCCUGCUCUGAGUCUGCUGAUUUGUAUCAGAUGUGAGAAAAUGUCAUUAGAAUCAUAUAUAUAUAUCAUCAUUGAUGUGACAGAGGGAAUAUCCAGAAGGUUUUUCUUCUGAAUUAAUGGUUUAAUGUCCAAAUAAAGCUCGGUGUUCAUCUGACUGAUGACCCCUCAGAUUGUUAACUGGCAGUAAAGGCUGUUCUGGUGAACACUGAACAAUGUGCUCAGACUUCCUCAUCUGUUUAGAGGAGUUUGGCCCCGGUCCCCUUUAGUAAAAAGACAAACAAAAAAACUACUGUGUUUGUGUGUUGAUAGCUAGCUGCUUAAUAACUCUGAUAAAACUAAAUAUUAACCGAUGGUUCGAAUUUGAUAACAAGGCUAGCUGUUUAAAUUUAAGCUUGUAUAUCAGUGAAUUAGUUAGCCUGUGUGGUUAUCCAUUUUCUUGUUGUGAUGGCUUUCGGCCUGGUAAUGCCACAGUCUAGUUUCACCCUCUCAGGUAAGCUCCACCCUGCCUCUCCAGUAGCGGCACACACCCGGAGACAAUCACCUCAUUAAGAGUUGAUGUUCAGGGAGCACUCAGGAUCUCUCUUGAUGCUUUAUGUUGCAGUGUGAUCAGGGAGCAGGUUAGGAUUUUGGAUGGUAUGCCAUCUAACUUUUGUGAACACUUUUUAAUUUGUUUUUAUUACAGGCAUUUUAAGCCACCUGUUGCCAAGACCCUGUAGACUGCACGGCCUGUUCUGCUAGAGUUCACUACAGAGGCAGCCGUGGAGGUUGAUACCCUGAGUUGCCUUAAACGUCUGCUCCUUGAAUGAGGUGGAGUCAGAGCUGGUGGAUGAUUUACUGCAUUAGUUGAGGGUUGUAUAGCCACUGCUGAUUUGCUGCCUGAUCAACUACUGAUUUUUGUGUUCUGAUUUUUAAAAGGGGAUUCUUUUUAUGAGACUCUGUUACAAGUGAACUGGCCCUGUGAAUGUUUUUGUGAAUGCUAGGUUCUGCUAAGGGUGGGGCAGUUUACUUGUUUUGAUCCUUUUUUGAUUCUGUCACCAAAAAUGGUUAUUUGAUUUUUCGUUUUGAAACAAAAAACAGAUAAACGGCAUUUCGUUUUAGAAUUACAAACGAAUUACGGAUUAUCCAGAGAUACCCAGACCAAAUAAAUCCAUGCCUUAGGCCUGCUGUGUUGUGGGCAGAAUAUUUCCACUUCCACUCUUCCUGUGGCUGGGUGUUGGCAAUAAAUUCAUGUUUUCACAGUAUUGUCGGAGUUAGAUCGUCACUGUUUAAAAGCAUUCCCGUGUCAUAGUGUGUAGGGGGCUGUAAUGCAGGGGUCAAUAUUGCCGAAGCCUCGAGGAAAAACACCUUGAUAAAUAUGUUGUGGUAUUUUUAAGAUCGCUCAAGGUAACCAGAGAGCUGUUUCAGAAAGCAGGCUUAACAAACUCUGAGCUUAUCCCUGAGCUCUGGGUUAAUUGAGCCUGAGGUGGGAAACUCUGGAAUUUUUGGUUCCAGAACAGCCGAUCAGAAUAAGUUCAAUCAACUCAGAGUAUGUUGAGCCUGACUGAAGCGCGUGUGCGUGGGGAUGAAAAAAAGCCUCAUCAAUGGAGCUCCGAUACUAUGAUUCACCAUGGCAACGGCUAAAUAAAGGCGGAGCCUCCAUUUUAAUAGGGUGGAGCUACAAAUAUGAAUGCUGCCAACGUGUCAACAUGAUUGGCUCUAAAACACAGGAGUGGAGGAUCGAUACGUUAACAUUAUUACUAUACAGUGUAUAAAGUGCUACAGCCCAUUACAUUUGAUUUUAAAUAGGAACCCUAUAGGCUAUUUAUUAAGAUGUAGCCUAACCCGACUGGACUAAAUGCCGGUUGGCAAUCGGCUACCUAUUAUGAAAACAGGUAUAGAUAAAAUAUAAUACACAGUUUAGGUGAACCUGUGAUUGUAAAAGUCACAGUCACACCCAGCAGGUUAGACAAUUAAUUAUUUUUUCGGCAGUGGAAAAUGUGUCUAUGGGUUCAAACCGUCUGUUUUACAUUAAUAAAAUCUUGAUAAUUUCAUAUUUUAUUAAUGCUGUCAAAACACAUUCCGAUUAUCAGCAGGUAAUAAUGACAACUACGUUUAAGCCUAUUUAUUUCAGCUGACCCACAGUCAUCCUCACAUUAUCUCCACAAUAGGAAUGUUCCAAUCAGUGCGACUAGCCGACAAUAUGAAAAUUACUGUUCAUUGAUCAGUUAUACUGUAUGUAUGUGUUUGUGUAUAUAUGUGUGUAUAUGUAUGUAUAUGUGCUUCCUCUGCCUCACGCUGCUGUCUGACUGCAUUCAGCUGCCACUGAUAUGAAACAGAAACUAGCAGCCAAUCAGUGGAGGAGCAGCUGAUCUUUUUCCAGGAGGAAUGAUGGAAAGGAGGAUUUGAGUUGAUGUGCAGAUGAAUGAUUUGUGUUUCCUCUCCAGGUGAAAGUGGAUGUGAGUUGAGCAGCAUGAGUCAGUGUGAGGACAGAGAGGAGGGAGUCCCUCCCUCUAAAAGCACUCUGUGUGGGGAACAUGACAGCCAGACCAAAGCUCAGAGCCCAGAGCAGCAGCAGGGACCAGACUCUGCUGGACCUGGACCUGGACCUGAGCCCAGCUGUGUCUCCUUCAAGAGUGACCAGUCAAUGGUUGAUAUCAUUGAUUUUAAGAGAGGACAUGUGUCUGACAGACAAGUCCACCAGGAGAGCUCAGAGGUUCCCAUUGGUCAGUCUGCCCAGCAGCAUCAAACACACCUGGACUCCAUAUUUAUGCUGCUGGAGGAGAACAUUGUCACUUUUGUGAAGAAUGAGCUGAAGAAGAUUCAGAAGGGUCUGAGUUCAGAUUGCCCAGAAUGCUCAGAGAGUCAGAAGGAGGAUGAGGAGGUGUUGGAGGGUGAGGAUGAAGAGCAGAGGAGGAGCAGCAGAGAAGCAUUUCUGAAGAUCACACAGCACUUCCUGAGGAGAAUGAAGCAGGAGGAGCUGGCUGAGCGUCUGCAGAGCAGACCUUCUGUUGCAGUUUGUCAACAUAAACUAAAAUCUAACCUGAAGAAGAAGUUCCAGUGUGUGUUUGAGGGGAUUGCUAAAGCAGGAACCUCAACCCCUCUGAACCAGAUCUACACAGAGCUCUACAUCACAGAGGGAGGGACUGCAGAGGUCAAUGAUGAACAUGAGGUCAGACAGAUUGAAACAUCCAGGAAACCAGACAGACCAGAAACAACCAUCAGACAAGAAGACAUCUUUAAAGGCUCACUUGGAAGAGAUGAACCAAUCAGAACAGUGAUGACAAAGGGAGUGGCUGGCAUUGGGAAAACAGUCUUAACACAGAAGUUCACUCUGGACUGGGCUGAAGACAAAGCCAACCAGGACAUACAGUUCACAUUUCCAUUCACUUUCAGAGAGCUGAAUGUGCUGAAAGAGAAAAAGUACAGCUUGGUGGAACUUUUUCAUCACUUCUUUCCUGAAACCAAAGAAGCAGGAAUCUGCAGCUUUGAAGAGUUCCAGGUUGUCUUCAUCUUUGACGGUCUGGAUGAGUGUCGACUUCCUCUGGACUUUGGCAACAAUGAAGUCCUGACUGAUGUCACAGAGUCCACCUCAGUGGAUGUGCUGCUGACAAACCUCAUCAGAGGGAACCUGCUUCCUUCUGCUCGCCUCUGGAUAACCACACGACCUGCAGCAGCCAAUCAGAUCCCUCCUGAGUGUGUUGACAUGGUGACCGAGAUCAGAGGGUUCACUGACUCACAGAAGGAGGAGUACUUCAGGAAGAGAUUCAGAGAAAACAAGCAGGCCAGCAGAACCAUCUCCCACAUCAAGACAUCACGAAGCCUCCACAUCAUGUGCCACAUCCCAGUCUUCUGCUGGAUCACUGCUACAGUUCUGGAGGAGGUGUUGAAGACCAUAGAGGGAGGAGAGCUGCCCAAGACCCUGACUGAGAUGUACAUCCACUUCCUGGUGCUUCAGUCCAAACUGAAGAACAUCAAGUAUGAUGGAGGAACUGAGUCAGAUCCACCCUGGAGUCCAGAGAGCAGGAAGAUGAUUGAGUCUCUGGGAAAACUGGCUUUUGAGCAGCUGCUGAACGGCAACCUGAUCUUCUAUGAAUCAGACCUGACAGAGUGUGGCAUCAAUAUCAGAGCAGCCUCAGUGUACUCAGGAGUGUUCACACAGAUCUUUAAAGAGGAGAGAGGGUUGUACCAGGACAAGGUGUUCUGCUUCGUCCAUCUGAGCGUUCAGGAGUUUCUGGCUGCUCUUCAUGUCCAUCUGACCUUCAUCAACUCUGGUGUCAAUCUGCUGGCAGAAGAACAACCAACCUCACAGAAGUCUGAAACAAGAAAAGAUGAAUCUGCAGUGAUACAGUUCUACCAGAGUGCUGUGGACCAGGCCUUACAGAGUCCAAAUGGACACCUGGACUUGUUCCUCCGCUUCCUCCUGGGACUUUCCCUGCAGACCAAUCAGACUCUCCUACAAGGUCUGCUGACACAGACAGGAAGUGGCUCAAAAGCCAAUCAGGUAACAGUCGAGUACAUCAAGAAGAAGAUUGAAGAGACUCCCUCUGCAGAGAGAAGCAUCAAUCUGUUCCACUGUCUGAAUGAACUGAAGGAUCGUUCUCUAGUGGAGCAGAUCCAAAAGUCCCUGAGUUCAGAAAGUCUCUCCACAGAUAAACUCUCUCCUGCUCAGUGGUCAGCUCUGGUCUUCAUCUUACUGUCAUCAGAAACUGAUCUGGACGUGUUUGACCUGAAGAAAUACUCUGCUUCAGAGGAGGCUCUUCUGAGGCUGCUGCCAGUGGUCAAAGCCUCCAAGAAAGCUCUACUUAGUGGCUGUAACCUCUCAGAGAGAAGCUGUGAAGCUCUGUCCUCAGUUCUUAGCUCCCAGUCCUCUAGUCUAAGGGAGCUGGACCUGAGUAACAACAACCUGCAGGAUUCAGGAGUGAAGCUGCUGCAUGGUGGACUGAAGAGUCCACACUGUAUACUCGAAACUCUCAGGUUGUCAGGCUGUCUGAUCACAGAGGGAGGUUGUGCUUCUCUGGCCUCAGCUCUGAGCUCCAACCCCUCCCAUCUGAGAGAGCUGGACCUGAGCUACAAUCACCCGGGAGACUCAGGAGUGAAGCUGCUGUCUGCUCGACUGGAGGAUCCACACUGGAGACUGGACACUUUGAGGGUGGAGCCUGCUGGAGUCCGAUGGUUGACACCAGGUCUGAGGAAGUAUUCCAGUGAACUCGCACUCGACACAAACACAGUAUACGGAAAGAUCCAACUGUCUGACAACAACAGGAGGGCGACACUUGUGGAGGAGGAUCAGUCAUAUCCUGAUCAUCCAGACAGAUUUGACUGCUGGGCUCAGCUGCUGUGUAGAGAUGGUCUGACUGGUUGCUGUUACUGGGAGGUCGAGUGGAGAGGGAAAGUUACUAUAUCAAUGAGUUACAGAAGAAUCAGAAGGAAAGGAAACAGUAAAGAAUGCUGGUUUGGAAGGAAUGAUCAGUCCUGGAGUUUGAGCUGCUCUGAUGAUGGUUACUAUAUCUGGUACAAUAACAGAGGAACAUCCAUCUCCUCCUCCACCUCUGUCUCUAACAGAGUAGCAGUGUAUGUGGACUUUCCUGCUGGCACUCUGUCCUUCUACAGAGUCUCCCCUGACACACUGAUCCACCUCCACACCUUCAACACCACAUUCACUGAACCUCUUUACCCUGGGUUUGGGUUCUGGUGGCCUGGUUCCUCUGUAUCUUUGUGUUCUCUGUAGAAAGGAAAGUCUCCUCCAGUUAGAGAAACAGUCUCACUGCUGAAUAGAUCAGUUAAGUCUGUACAGGAUCAUAAAUCUUUCAGGUUCUUGUAAUAAAUUCAUCAAUGAACUUUGUACAAAGUCAUUCAAAGUAUAAUUUAUAAAAAUAUUCCUCAUUUCCAUUGUAAACUUCUUCCACUUCCAGUCCUUUAAAGAUGGAAGCUCUGAUCAUUGAAAUGCCGUUGACUUGUACCUUCUGUCAUGUGUUGUUUUGAAUUCUGGCUCUUGUUCCAAUAAAAGCAGAAUGUUACUGUGAA